AUGUCUUAUCUGCCCUUUGAUAGAAUACGGGGAACAAGACCCUUUGAGGUUACAGGUGUGGACUACGCUGGGGCUAUAAGCAUUACGGGUGAAAAUCCUCCAAAGAUAGUUUAUAUUUUCCUCUUCACUUGUGCUUUUACCAGAGCAAUACAUCUGGAAAUAAUAGAAGAUUUGAGUUCUGAUACAUUCAUGAAUAUGGUCAUAAGAUUUGCUGCCCGUCGCUCGUGCCCAAGAAGAUUAAUUAGUGAUAAUGGGACAAACUUUGUCGGAGCAGCCCCUUUAGUUAAGUCCAUCAUGGAUUGUAAAGAAGUAAGUACAGCUCUGCAAGUGAGGAAAUGUAGUUGGACAUUUGUUGCACCUAGAGUCCCCUGGCAAAACGGGUUCACAGAAAGAAUGAUAGGAAUAGUAAGGAACUGUCUGAGGAAGACCCUUCAUAAAACUAGAACAACUCUUGAUGAAUUGAGGACGGCAGUCACCAAAAUAGAAAUUAGAGUUAACAACAGACCGCUUACGGAUUUAGAUGACUCUAACCCUAUCAUAGAAGUCUUACCUCCAGCUCACCUGUUGUAUGGUAGACGGGUAGAUCCCCUUCCUUCUUUAGAUGUACAGGACGAACUGGAGGAUCUGAAUGUGGUCGACCUCGCUUCUGAACAGAAACUUAGACAAAGCUACAAAAGGUUACAGAAGGUACUAGAAGGCUGGGAUCGAGAAAAAGCUAACGGUGCUCUCCCAGCAACGAAUAAAGUUUUGCUUAAACUUGGAGAGGUCGUUCUACUGAAAAAAGAACAACCUCGAUCAAGGUGGCCAUUGGCAAAAAUAGUAUCUGUGCAUCCAGACGACAAAGGGGUGAUUAGGGUAGUAAAAGUCAUCGUAAAGAGUCAAACUAGUCUGAAAACUAUUAACAAACUUGUUCCUUUAGAGUUGCCCGAAAUCAAAGUAGAAGAAAGGUCUAGUGAUGAGGAUGAACCGGUCGACCAAGGUGACAAGAGGACAUCUCGUUCCACUGGAGCAGCCGCCUUGAGUUCCCAAAAGCUUUGGAGGGGAUUGCUUGUUAAGAGCCACAUAACAUGA